AUGCUGAGGACCGAGGCCGGCGGGGCCGGGGGGGCCCCCUCGGCCGGGGGCGCGGCGGGGGCCGGGGGGCUGCGCAGCGCGUCCCCGCACCGGAACGCCUACGAGGCCAGCAUCCAGGCCCUGGCGCCCACAAAGGAGGCCGACGGCGAGGACGGCAAGAAGAGCCGCGGGAAGAAGUAUGGCUCCAACGUGCAUCGGAUCAAGAACAUGUUCCUGCAGAUGGGGACGGCGCCCGGCCCCGAGGGCGCCUGCGACCUGGCCAAGGCCAAGGAGAAGCCGGUGCGGCUCUCCCUGCCCCGAGCCGGCAGCCUGGGCGAUGGCGUGGACCAGGGCAGCCUCCUCAAGCUGGGCACCAGCGUCUCGGAGCGCGUCAGCCGCUUCGACUCCAAGCCCGACAAACCCUUCUCGAAGCUGCAGGAGACCCGCAAGAUCUUCGAGAGGAGCCCGCAGGAGAAGGCCACCAGCACCAAGCUGCUGCUGCGCAAGGAGCGCGCCGGCUUCCAGGACCGCAAGCUGGACGUGGUGGUGAGGUUCAACGGCAGCACCGAGUCCCUGGACAAGCUGGACGCCGACGCCGUGUCGCCCACCGUGAGCCAGCUCAGCGCCGUCUUCGAGAAGGCCGACCUGAGGAACAACCUGCACAAGGCGCAGGGCCGGGCGGCCGCGCCGCUGGGCGCCAAGGCGGUGGCCAAGCGGCCCAGGGUGUUCGCGCCCGGCACGCGGGGCGAUGGCACCGGCGAUGGCAGUGCCACCCCAGCCCGCGCCCGGCCGCCCGAGGAGGAGAAGGCAGCGGCCAAGAGCGGGCGGCCGGCGGAGAAGGAGGCGACCACCGCGCCGAGGGUGCAGGAGGUGUGCAAGAUCAAGCCCGUGGAGGUGGAGGAGAGCGGAGAGGGCGAGGAGGAGGAGGAGGAGGCAGCGGCGGGUGAAGCGGUGCCCGCGGCCCAGCCGGCCAAAGGGGAUGAAGGCCCCGCAGCCCCUCGGCCGGACGGGGGCUCGGGGGUGGCUGCGGGCGAGGAGGGCGUCAAGGGCGAGCGGGCGGAGGAGGGCGAUGGCUCCGAGGAGGCCAAGAAGGAGGACUUCUCCGAGGCCGACCUGGUGGACAUAAGUGCCUACAGCGGGCUCGGGGAGGACUCGGGGGGCAGCGGGCUGGAGGAGGAGGACGAGGCCGAAGGGCUGUACGAGCCCGAGUCGGGCUGCGUGGAGAUCCCGGGGCUGUCCGAGGAAGAGGAGCCCGUGCCCAACCGCAAGAUCCAGUUCAGCACGGCCCCCAUCCAGGUGUUCAGCACUUACUCCAACGAGGAUUACGACCGCCGCAAUGAGGACGUGGAUCCCAUGGCGGCCUCGGCCGAGUACGAGCUGGAGAAGAGGGUGGAGAGGCUCGACCUGUUCCCCGUGGAGCUGGAGAAAGACUCGGAGGGGCUCGGCAUCAGCAUCAUCGGGAUGGGCGCGGGGGCCGACAUGGGCCUGGAGAAGUUGGGGAUCUUCGUCAAGACGGUGACGGAAGGAGGGGCAGCGCACCGGGACGGCAGGAUCCAGGUGAACGACCUGAUCGUGGAGGUGGAUGGCACCAGCCUGGUGGGCGUCACGCAGAGCUUCGCUGCCUCCGUGCUCAGGAACACCAAGGGCAGGGUCAGGUUCCUGAUCGGGCGGGAGAAGCCGGGCGAGCAGAGCGAGGUGGCGCAGCUGAUCCAGCAGACACUGGAGCAGGAGCGGUGGCAGCGCGAGAUGAUGGAGCAGCGCUACACGCAGUACACCGAGGAUGACGAGGAGGCGAGUGAGGGCACGGCGCCGCCCUGCAGGGCUGGGGGUGGCACGGUGGGCACCCAGAGGUGCCAACCCCGCCCCUGUGCCCCCCCACAGACCGGGGAGUACGCCACGGACGAGGAGGAGGAGAUGAGCCCCAUGUUCCCCAGCGGGGAGAUGGCCAUCGAGGUGUUCGAGCUGGCCGAGAACGAGGACGCGCUGUCCCCCGUGGAGAUGGACCCCGAGAAGCUGGUGCACAAGUUCAAGGAGCUCCAGAUCAAACACGCCGUGACCGAGGCUGAGAUCCAGCAGCUCAAGAGGAAGCUGCAGUGCCUGGAGCAGGAGAAGGCGCGCUGGAGGGCCGAGAAGGCCCAGCUGGAGCAGAGCGUGGAGGAGAACAAGGAGCGCAUGGAGAAGCUGGAGGGUUACUGGAUGGAGGCCCAGAACCUGUGCCAGGCCGUGGACGAGCACCUCAAGGAGACCCAGGCCCAGUACCAGACCCUGGAGCGCAAGUACAGCAAGGCCAAGCGGCUCAUCAAGGAGUACCAGCAGAAGGAGAUCGAGUUCCUGAAGAAGGAGACGGCGCAGCGGCGGGUGCUGGAGGAGUCGGAGCUGGCGCACAAGGAGGAGAUGGAGAAGCUGCAGGAGAAGAUCUCCGAACUGGAGGCCAAGCUGCAGACUUUGAAAAAUUCCAACCCGACCUAAACCACCCUCAAAAACCGCAGCGAUCCUGGGGGGGCCCCCUUCACAUCCCCCCCCCCACCCCCGGC